UAAAAUGAAACAUAUUUGAAGAUGCAUAAAAGUUUUCUGAGUCAUCAUGAUAAGCAACGAUCGACAAAAGUAUCCAAAAAAUCCACGACAAAAUGCAAAUAUAAUUUCUAUUCUCACUUUUUGGUGGACCCGAAAGAUUUUUCGAGCUGGCUACAAAAAAGAUUUGGAGGAGACCGAUCUUUAUGCUACUCUUACACAAGACAGAACUAACAACUUAGGUGAAAUUAUAGAUAAAGCUUGGGAAAGAGAAGUGGAAUCAUGUGCUAAAAAGAAAAAUGACAGUAAACCACAAUUACUUAGAGUGCUAUUGCGCUGUUUUGGAAAACCGCUUCUUCUAAUCGGAAUUGCAGAAGCAGUUAUGGAGCUGUUUUCUAGAAUGUAUCAACCGUUAUUACUUGCUACUUUGUUACGUUACUUCGCGAUCGACAAAAAAGAAUGGAGCGACGAAGUAUAUUACUGCGCAGGCGGUAUAAUUCUUUUAUCCAUCAUGGAUGCUUUUAUUACACAUUAUUGCGUACAUUGUUCCUUUCACAUAGGACUGAAAAUUAAAGUGGCUUGUACCACAUUGAUUUAUCAAAAAAUAUUAAAGCUCUCCAAUUCUGUGUUAGACAGUGAAACAUCUGUUGGACAGAUGGUAAAUUUUUUGAGUAGCGAUAUUACUAGAUUGGAAGCGUCCCUGGUAGAUUUGCAUUACAUUUGGAUUGCUCCUCUUCAAAUUGUAUGGAUCACAUACAUUACAUUUUUCGAAAUUGGAUGGGCAGCAUUAAUCGGAAUAACAGUGUUUUUACUAUUCAUGCCUUCUCAAGCGUUCUUGGCAAAGAUAAUUGCACCUUUAACGCUCAAAUCAGCAGAAAAAACAGACAAUAGACUUAGAUUGAUGAAUCAGGUAAUUACUGGAUUGCAAGUAAUUAAAAUGUAUGUUUGGGAGAUUCCUUUUUCUAAUCUCGUGGAAAAGGCGAGGAAGCGAGAAAUGAGUGUAAUAAAGAAAUACUCCAUCUUGAGACAACUAGCUCUUACUCUUGACUGCUGUGUACCGCGACUUAGUAUCUUCGUUGCGGUAUUGUCAUACGUCCUAUUCGGGAAUUACAUCAAUGCCGAAAAAGUAUAUUUAGUAACAGCAUAUUACAACGUUUUACGGAAUUCGCUGAUUUUCGGAUUUUCAAUGGGUCUCCAUCAAUUAGUACAGGCAUUAGUUUGUAUUCGCCGUCUACGAAGCUUUAUGUUACACGAUGAGAUCACCAAAACGAGACAAAACCUUAUAUAUCAGACAGUCACUGAUUCAUAUGCCCUUUCUAUGACUAAUGUAAAUGCCAAGUGGCACGGUGACGGUAAGGAAGAUACAUUGCGUAACGUAAGCUUAACCGUGCCACCUGGAAGCUUCAUCGCUAUUGUCGGUCAGGUAGGUUCGGGUAAGAGCAGUCUCUUACAAGCGAUACUUCAGGAAUUACCUCUAACAAGUGGAAGCAUCGAAUGCCAUGGCAGAAUAAACUACGUCAGUCAACAGCCAUGGAUCUUCGCGUCCUCUGUGAAGCAGAACGUUCUAUUCGGACAGACGAUGGAUAAGUCGCGUUAUGAUGAAGUGAUCAGAGUCUGCCAGAUGGAAUCAGACAUAAACUCGUUUCCCCAUGGCGAUCGCACCAUCGUGGGCGAAAGGGGAAUGAAUUUAAGUGGUGGCCAACGUGCCAGAAUCAAUCUGGCAAGAGCGAUCUAUAAAGACGCUGAUAUCUACUUGCUGGAUGAUCCCCUCUCCGCUGUGGAUUCGCACGUCAGCAGAUGUCUUGUAGACAAGUGUAUCUUCGGCUAUCUAAAAGAAAAAACGAGAAUUUUGGUGACGCAUCAGUUGCAGUAUUUGCAACUCGCUGAUCAGAUUAUUGUGAUGAAUAAUGGUAGUAUCGAGCAAAAAGGUACAUUCGACCAACUACAAGCAUUGGGCCAUGAUUUUAUGAAAUUGGUGAAGGCAGCAGACACGAAGGAUAAAGAGAUUGAGCGUAGACAGUCCGAAAUGCAGCGUCAAAUUUCGCUAAAAAUUGAAACGAAGGAUCAUGGGAACAUCUUGCCGAUUGAUACAAAGGAAACGCUGGCAAAGGGUCACAUAUCUCGCAAAACAUUAUUCGCUUACUUUAAGGCGAGUAAGAGUCCUAUUAUGAUCACAUUGAUGAUGUUGAUCUUCUUAGCAAAUCAAGUAGUAUCUGGCGGUAGCGAUUAUUUCGUUGCAUUCUGGGUAAACGUCGAAUCUAGCUCGUGGCAUGAAAUGGGUAACUCCACCUGGGACUUUCAGUGGGAAGGUCCACUGUCCCGCGAUUUCAUGCUCUACAUAUACACCGCUAUGAUAGCGGCCAUUAUAUUAUUGUGGCAAUUCCAAACAAUCGUGUAUUUCAAUGUAUGCAUGUGGUCCUCAAUAAAUCUUCACUCCGCCAUGUUUCGCAGUAUAUUGCGUGCAACUAUGUAUUUCUACAGUACUAAUCCAGCUGGCCGUAUAUUAAAUAGAUUUGCCAGGGAUAUCAAUAUUGUCGACUUAUUGCUAUCAAUGUGCGUAUUCGACAUCAUAGUAAUCGGACUCAUCACGAUCACAGUAAUACUUAUGGUCAUAGCGGUUACCCCGUGGCUAGCGAUACCCACUGUGAUGUGCGUUUGCAUUUUCAUCUAUCUCCGAAUGAUAUAUAUCAGUACUAGUCGCAGUAUCAAGCGCCUCGAAGGGACAACACGAUCGCCGAUUUUUGACCUCCUCGGGGCGUCUCUGCAAGGUCUGACGACAAUUAGAGCUUCCAACGCCGAAGAGAUACUGAUGUCUGACCUGUGCGUUCAUCAGGAUGUCCAUACGUCCGCUUGCUUCCUCUUCCUGUCCACUUCUCGAGCAUUCGGCUUCUACAUCGAUGUGAUUUGCCAGCUUUACAUCGGGGCAAUAAUUAUAGCUUUCACGGUUGUUGACGGAUUGGCUGUUGUUAGUAACAUCGGUCUGUUAAUCACGCAAACUAUGGCAUUAACAAACAUGCUGCAGUGGGGAAUUAGACAAACAGCCGAAUUGGAGAGUCAGUUGACCUCUAUAGAGAGAAUACUCGAAUAUAGCCACUUGGAGGAGGAGCCGAUGAUUGACAGUAAACCGGAUGCCAAACCGCCGGACGAUUGGCCUACAAAGGGUCUUGUGAAGUUUAAAAACGUAAACUUAAAAUAUAAUCCUCGAGGCGUUUGCAUCCUCAGAGACGUCAGUUUUAUCGUUAUGCCGAAAGAGAAGAUCGGUAUCGUUGGCAGAACUGGCGCAGGAAAGUCAUCUGUGAUCAACGCUCUUUUUCGUCUGGCCUGCGUGGAGGGUGAAAUCCUUAUAGACGAUGUAUCCACCGGCGCUAUCGCUCUGCACGAUUUUCGCUCGAAGAUCAGUAUUAUCCCUCAGGAACCAUUCCUGUUCACCGGUAGUCUACGACAGAAUCUCGAUCCCUUCGAUCAGUAUUCCGACGCCAUACUAUGGCAAGCGCUCCAGGAUGUCGAAUUGAAGGAGACGAUUUCUGAAAUGGCUGCCGGAUUGAACACAAAGGUGUCCGAUGAAGGAUCGAACUUCAGUGUCGGCCAGAAGCAACUACUGUGCCUCGCGCGCGCUAUUGUUAAGAACAAUCGGAUUAUGAUAUUAGAUGAAGCAACUGCCAACAUUGAUCCUUACACGGAUUCCCUUAUACAAAAGACAGUUAGGACGAAAUUUGUAAACUGUACUGUGUUUACCAUUGCUCACAGAUUGAAUACCAUUAUGGACAGUGAUAGAAUAUUCGUGAUGGAUGCUGGACAUCUUGUGGAACUUGGCCAUCCGUAUAUCCUUUUGCAACAAAAAGGAUACUUUUAUAAUAUGGUACAGCAAACUGGGGCUGUUAUGACCGAAAAUCUUAUUGAUAUAGCUAUGAAGAAUUUCUACAAAAUGGAUAGAUCGCCAUCCAGAUAAUCACAAUUUUCGUUACGAUUAUACCAAAAGAAUGCAAACAAUUGCAUUCGACGAGCUUAUUAAAUUAUAUAAUCUAUUAAAGAUGUAUGUGUUACAUCUUAAAACAUUGCCAAAAAUAUAAAAAAAUUUUAUAGAUAUAAAACAUAAAAAUUAUAUAGAUUGUUCUAUUAUUAUGUCUGAAUAUCUAUGUAAAAUUUGAGCAUAAUUCUUUUAUUGGUUUAAAAGUUACUUAGUUUUUUAUUAGCCUUGAUUGUUAUAUAAAAUAUUUUAUAAAAUAUUUUGUAGUAUUAUUAUUUGUCAAUUUUAUGAGAAACAUUAAAAAUUAAAUCAAAUUUUAAACAAUACUGAUAAAAA